UAGGUACUCAUGACGUUACGUCGUCAAAGAAAAGUAACAAUAACCUCAAAACUGCCUCAGCUAAAGAAAAACUGAAAAGGAAAAACCACAAAAAUAAGAAAAAAAAGAAACAUAAAGCAUUAUCUCUUAAAUCAAUAUCCUCUAGCCUUAAGACAUCUACUCCAUCUGGAUCCAGUACUUCAUCAGAGUCUGCAGCUGCGUCUACAAUAUCUAAAUCUCCAGUUACUCUAACGAUACCAGAAUUUGCAAUUAUUUCCAUUACAUCUAAGUCUAUAAUUGCAGAUAUUGCACCUGAACAGGCAACUUCAAAUAUUUUAAAUGAAUCUGCAACUGAAAUAGCAGUUGAUGGUACUAGAACUGUGUCACAUACCUCCUCUCCGCUUAGCAGUACACGAUCCAAUAAAAAACAAAAAAAGAAGAAAUUAAAACAUAAGAAGGAAAAGAAGAAAUUAUCCCACAAAUUUUUAUCACUUCCAUCUUUCAUACUCCCUACACUUGGAACUAAUGCUGCACAUGAAGCUUCAACUACAUUUGGGUCUGCAACUACACUUGCUCCAAUACUCACUAACUUUGAAUCUGCAGUUACGUCUACCACAUCUGAGUAUAAAGCUAUAGGCACCAAUUCUGGAUCUACAGGUACAGUCCCAGAUAUUAAAUUUACAACUAUAGGAGGCGCUAUAAUUGAAUAUACAACGAACAGCAAUGAAUCUAAAUAUACAACCACAAACUCUGCACGUGAAUUUACAGCUUCAGACUCUACCAUUGAAUCUAUGACCGAAGACAUCGCAAAUGAUUCCGCAAAUGGCUCCACCAGUCCUAAAUCUGCUACUAGUACAUUUACAUCUGGUACUACAGAGGGUUUCUUGACUACACUUGAAUCUGAUGUUUCACCCACUGUAUCCGGGAGUCUGACGUUUACCUCACAUAUAUCUACAGCUACAUUUCGUGAUCUUGAACCUCCAACAAAAAGUCUUUCAAAUGAGUUUACAACUCAAGUUACUGCGCACGAAUCUACCGCUGAGUUUACACCUGCAGUCACUGCCAUGAAGACUAAAAGUGAAGACAUUAGAAAAGCAUCCGAAAAUAGGAUCAUAAGCUCUGAGGUUGCAACUAAAUCUGUCCUUAGUACGACGGCAGCAAAAAAGCAGGAAAGAAGAAAAUUAAAAAAUAAGAAAAAGAAAUCUCACAAAUUAAAAAUAUCUGCAUCUGAAAUCUCUAGCCAAUCUAAAUCUAUGACUACAGAGGGAAUCGUAACUGCAGCUGAAUCUGAAGUUUCACUCAUUACAUCUGAGACUCUAACAACACUCACCACAGACGAAUCUACAGUUACAUUUAUUAGUUUUGAACCUACAACAGAAAGAACUUCAAUAGAGUUGGUUACACAAGCUGCUACGUACGAAUCUACCACAGAAAGCACUAUCACUGGGUCUGUACCUGCAAUUGAUAUCAUCAAGUCUGCGAUUGAAGACAUCAAAAAUGUCUCCAUAAAUAAUGCCACUAAUUCUGAGUCUCCUAUUACAUCUACCAUCGGCACGAAGAAUGUAAAAAAGGAGAAAACAAAAAACGUAAAAAAUAAGAAAAAGAAAUCUCGCAAAUCAACAACAUUAGCAUCUAGAACAUCUAUCACUCCUAGAUCUACUUCUACGGAUGAAAUCAUUACCGCAUUUAAGUCUGAAGUUUCACCUACUACAUAUGAAACUUUAAGAACACUCACCACAGACGAAUCAAUAACUACUACUUUUAAACCUUCAACAGAGUUUGCAACUCAAGCCGCUAAGUAUGCUUAUACUACAGAAAAUACUGCAAUUGAGUCUACAAUUGCAGAUACUGCUCCUGAAGUUAUCUCCACCGGUACAGUACUUGCACAUACAAAUGAAACCUCCGCAACCGAUUCUUUAGCUAUAGACACUACACCUGAUUAUACAGCUACAAAUGCAAAACUUCAGUAUAAAACUGAAAGCUCUAUUAUUGAAUCUAGCAAUACUGAUAGUACUUCUAAAUAUAAAAGUAUGGACUCUUCAAAUGAAUCCACAACGGGAAAUACUGAAAAUGAAUUUACAACUGCAACUCAGGCUACACAUUUUCGCGAAUCUACAGCUAGAAGUAUUACAUAUGAAUCUACAGCUGAAAGCAGAACAGUUGAGUCUACAAGUGCAGGAAUUAUAUCUGAAUCUACAUCUGAAAACAUACCAACCGCAGGAAUUAUGCAUGAAUCUACAACUGAAAACUUAAUAAAUGAGUCUAUAACUACAUUCAUUUCACAUGAGUCUACAAAUCGUAGAACAACAACUGAAUCUACAACUGCAGGCACUACUUUUAAAUCUAUAAUUACAGGCACUGCACCUAGCACAACUGAAUUUAUAACUACAAGCACUAAUCUUGAAUCUGAGGCUACAGGCACUAUACCUGAAUCCAUUAAUAAAAGCACAACAACUAAAUCUACAACUACAGGCGUUACGCUUGUGUAUGCUACAGGCAAUACACUGGAAUCUAUUAAUGAAAUUAAAGCUGAGUCUACAACUACUGGCAGUCCUACUGAAUCUGCAAAUGCAGGCCCUAUGCCUGAGUAUAUUAUUGAAAGUAUAACAGCUGAGUCUAAAAUUAUAGACACUACAGCUGAAUUUAUUAUUGAAAAUACAACAGUUGAGUCUCAAACUACGGGCACUAUUCUUCAGUCUACAGCUAUGGGCUUCACGCCUGAAUCAGCAACUGAAAGCUCAAUAACCGAUUCUACGACAGCAGGCACGUCUACAAGUACAGGAGAUCCUGAUGCAAAAAAUAUCGAAACUUCUUUGUUCAAGGCAGCAUUGGGUCUUGCAGAAGAAAUUUCCCCGACUGUUAUCGUGGAAAAUAUUGCCGGUUCAGAAGAAGUUUUCUCCUCAGACACAGAAACAGACGAAAUUAAAAAAACUAAGGGCGGGAAAAAGAAGAAUAAAAAACAUCCCAAGCAUAAGAGAAAAAGGAACAAAGGACGUGGAAAUGUGGUUCUUCAAGGUGACUCAGAGGAAUCAACUCUGGAUACAACUGAUGCUACCUCCACCACUUGGUUGUAUACUACAGUUGUCAUGGCUGAAUCUGGUUCGACAACGCAAUCUACUUCAGCAACAAAAUCAACAUCCGAAUCCUCUUCAACGAAUCAGUCCAAGUCAACAACUGAAUUGGUUGUAGAUAAAUGCGAUGUCACUGCAGGAGGAGGAUGCAGUGGUGAAAGCAAGAAAAACGGAGUAACUAGAAAAGAAACAGAAGUUAAAGGUGAAACAAAUUCUUAUGACGGAACUACGACAGCCCUGAACUCUAAGAGUACUACAUCUGCAACGACAUCGCAGCAAUCUCUUGCGGAUACGGUUACAGAAGAAGAGUCUCCAGAUUCGUGUCGUGAUGACCAAGAUUGGUGGCCUUGCGCACCAAGGUGUCAUAACACUUGCUAUAAUUAUGCCAGAGGAGAUGCAUGUGAAGAUCAUGAUUGUAAACCUGGCUGUUUUUGCAAAGACGGCCUACUCCGAACUGAUGAUGGGGACUGUGUUGACCCUGAUGAUUGCCCCUCACCUGUGUGCGGAGAACAUGAAGAAGAAACGGAUUGCAUAAGCCCGUGCAAUAAUUGCGCAGCGAACUGCUAUUCUUGUCCGUUCCUGUCGUGUCACGAAGGCUGCGAUUGCAUAGAUGGUUACAAAAGACACGACAAUGGAACCUGCAUCCAUGCAGCCAUGUGCCCACCAUGUUCUUCGUCUGCUCCAGAAGAAUGAAGAAAUUUUAUUGAUAACAAAAAGAAGAUGUAACACUGACGGAGAUCAAAGUUAUGUAACUUUAAAACAGUAUGUGUUAAUAAAAUUCAAUUUUUCAGCUCUU